CGCAAUCCACAAAUCCUUUAUCUGGAGUAAGUCAGUAGCUCAGCCCUGGAUUACAGAUAUGGGAGGAUUUAAAACCAACUGACAUGCUCGUUGACUGUAUUUAGCAUCUAAUGUUUAUUACAGUCAGCUGUUAGGAUAUCACAAGGCAUAUGCCCAUAGGAAAAUGGAGAUCAUGUUUUGGGAAAGGAGUAGCGAACGGCUCUGAAAAGGCUUUAGUUUUGGCCAGUUUGGGAUUUUAUUCCUUGUCAUUCCCAGUGAAGAAUUUGUGCUGCCUUAACAUGGAAAUGAAAGCAAAAAGGACUCUUCGUGUGAACUUGUUAGGACAUUAAUAAAGGAUGGAAAAAUCAGUAGGGCAUGGUGUCUUGUGGAAGCAUAAGGAGACCCUGAUUGGAGAUUCCUAAUGCAAUGUUUCUCAAAGUAAAUGCGUCAGUCCAACAACUCAUCCCUGAUUUAUUUCAAAACUGGCUUCUACUUCUGACCAGCACGACUGCCUGCUGCUUUUGAUGAGAUCUCUGUGUAGACCAGGGAUGACGACUUUUUUUUUUUUUUUUUUUUCCCUUCCAAAUUGCUGUUAAUUCUCCAGGAUGGAAGACAGUCUUUUUCCAGCUUUCUGAAAGACUAGUGUUUAUUCAUUGAUCUAUUCGUCAUACUGGGUUAAGGCAACGAUGGCAAAUGUGGCAUGUGGCGCACCGGCUGUGUUUACCUCACCCGUCUUAAGGCAGAAGGUUUCUGUAUCUCGCCUGGCUGAAGAAUUCUUCUGGAUUGGAGGAAGCAUUAUUGCUUCACCGAAGUGGAGAAUGGGGCAAAUUGUGGAACGAUGCAUGAGUGCAAUGCAGACUGGGACACAGAUGGUCAAGCUACGAGGGAGCUCAAAGGGUCUGGUUCGUUUCUACUUUCUUGAUGAGCAUAAAUCAUGUAUCCGAUGGAGGCCUUCCAGAAAAAAUGAGAAGGCCAAGAUCUCCAUAGAUGCAAUCCGGGAGGUAUGUGAGGGAAAGCAGUCUGAAAUCUUCCAGCGUUAUGCCGAUGGCAGCUUUGAUCCCAACUGUUGCUUUAGCAUUUACUAUGGUGAUCACAUGGAGUCACUUGACCUGGUAUCUAGUAAUGGAGAAGAGGCACGUACUUGGAUCACUGGUCUUAAAUAUCUCAUGGCAGGAAUCAGUGAUGAAGACAGUCUGGCAAAGAGGCAGAGAACUCGAGACCAAUGGCUAAAGCAGACCUUCACAGAGGCAGAUAAAAAUGGAGAUGGCAGCUUGAGCAUCAGUGAAGUAUUACAACUCAUCCACAAGCUUAAUGUCAACCUGCCAAGGCAGAAAGUGAAGCAGAUGUUUAAGGAAGCUGAUACAGAUGACAACCAGGGGACACUGGGCUUUGAGGAAUUCUGUGCUUUCUAUAAGAUGAUGUCCACACGGCGCGAUCUUUAUCUGCUCAUGCUGACUUACAGUAAUCAUAAGGACCACUUGGACACAGAUGACCUCAUCCGCUUCCUAGAGAUUGAGCAGAAGAUGUUGAAUGUGACGAAAGAACAUUGCCUGGAAAUUGUAGAAAAAUUUGAGCCCUGCCCAGAAAAUCGAAAGCAAGGUGUGCUUGGUAUAGAUGGAUUCACAAACUACAUGCGCAGUCCAGCUGGUGACAUUUUUAACCCAGAGCACCACCAGGUGCACCAAGAUAUGAGACAGCGUCUCUGCAAUUAUUUCAUUGCUUCAUCCCAUAAUACCUACCUAAUGGGAGACCAGUUGAUGUCACAGUCCAGAGCAGACAUGUAUGCUUGGGUCCUACAGGCUGGCUGCCGAUGUGUGGAAGUGGACUGCUGGGAUGGCCCAGAUGGAGAACCAAUUGUGCAUCAUGGCUAUACGUUAACUUCCAAAAUUCUUUUCAAAGAUGUUAUUGAGACUAUCAACAAAUAUGCUUUCAUAAAAAAUGAUUACCCUGUGAUAAUAUCACUUGAAAACCACUGUAGUGUUCCGCAACAAAAGAAGAUGGCUCAGUAUCUGAUAGAUGUGCUAGGAGACAAAUUGGACCUCUCAUCUGUCAACAUGGAUGAAUCUGGUCAGCUUCCACCUCCGGAACACCUGAGAGGGAAAAUACUAGUAAAGGGGAAAAAACUGCCUCCUAACAUCGAUGAGAAUGCAGAAGAGGGUGAAGUAUCUGAUGAAGACAGCGCAGACGAAAUAGAAGAUGACUGUAAACUAAUGAAUGGGGACACAUCUAUAAACAGGAAACAGGUGGAAAAUGUGGCAAAAAAGAAACUGGACACCUUGAUGAAAGAAUCAAAAAUUCGGGAUUGUGAGGACCCUGACAGCUUCACCAUUACGGCCCUGCCGUCGUCAGGGAAGCUGAAUGAGAAGGUUGCUCUAACAAAGCAGAAAAGUAGCCCAUCCGCUGGGGAUAAGCGAGUGGGCAAAGUGGAAGAUGAUGCUGAAUUAGGAGAGAAGGACAACCUUAACAAGCGCCAGAGCCGGUCAUUUAUGGGAAAUUUCUCAAAGCGCAAGAAAAAAACUGUGAAACUGAAAAAAUCUUCCAGCUUUGAAGAUGAGGAAGAUGAGUUGGAGACCUCUGUUAGUGCUUCACGGGGAGCAGCACACUACAGCAGGAUGAGUCGUCAGAAGAAAACCAUGAAGCUGUCCCGGGCCCUCUCAGACCUUGUCAAAUACACUAAAUCAGUUGGAGUCCAAGAUAUUGAAACACAAGUUUCCAGUAGUUGGCAAGUGUCCUCUCUCAGCGAGACAAAGGCACACCAAAUAAUGCAGCAGAAGCCUACACAGUUCAUCCACUUCAAUCAAAGGCAGCUAUCGCGUGUUUACCCUUCAUCAUACCGUGUGGACUCCAGCAAUUACAACCCUCAACCUUUUUGGAAUGCUGGCUGCCAUCUUGUGGCACUUAACUACCAGUCUGAGGGACGAGUACUACAGUUGAACCGAGCCAAAUUUAACUCCAAUGGAAACUGUGGAUAUGUUCUGAAACCUAAAUGCAUGUGUGAAGGUGCCUUUAACCCUAUGUCAGAAGACCCUCUCCCUGGUCAGAUGAAGAAGCAAUUAGUCUUGAAGAUUAUUAGUGGGCAGCAGCUUCCAAAACCAAAGGAUUCCAUGCUGGGGGAUAGAGGAGAGAUUAUUGAUCCAUUUGUGGAGGUUGAAAUUAUUGGCCUACCUGCUGACUGCUGUAAAGAGCAGACUAGAGUAGUUGACGACAAUGGCUUCAAUCCCAUGUGGGAGGAGACAUUGGUAUUCACGAUGCACAUGCCAGAGAUUGCCCUAGUCAGAUUUCUGGUAUGGGAUCAUGAUCCUAUUGGCAGAGAUUUCAUUGGACAAAGAACAAUUGCUUUUUCCAGUAUGAUGCCAGGUUAUCGGCAUGUUUAUUUGGAAGGUAUGGAAGAGGCUUCCAUCUUUGUGCAUAUUGCUGUGAAUGAUAUCACUGGUAAGGUCAGGCAAGCUAUUGGCAUAAAAGGACUGUUUCACAGAAACCCAAAGCAGGCUUCUCUCGACAGCCAUGCUGCUGCUCAGCUCAGUCGUAAGCACCCUUUUGGUGCCCAUCUGUUACGCAGGACGGCCAGUGCUCCCACUAAGGGCCAGCAGAAGGUCAAGAAGGGGUUUCCAGAGAUUUCCAUUGACAACAAGGAGUACAGUUCAGAGGGAGCCAGUGAAGACAGGGAAUCUGAAGAUGCCUGUCAGCCUCGUGUUGAUUGUGAAACGGACAGUGGCGCCAGGGUGGCAGCAGUGGCCAUAGCGGACAGUGCCAAUGGGGAGCUGCACUCUGAGAGCUUCAAAGACAAAGAGACGAGCUUUCCCCCAAGUUCAGCGUCUCAUUUGCACACCCUGGAAACCAUCACAGAAGAAGCUCAUAAUGCUGAAGACAAUUCUGCUGUCCAAAUCCCCUCUGCCCAUCUAGCCUCUGGUCCUUCCCUCUAUGGUUAUUCAGAAACUCUAGCCAUAGAAUGCAUUGGUCCAUCACAGUUGGACCAAGCAUCUGAUGAUGUCUGCCAGCAUUCCCCACUGUGUAAGGAACAUGACAGCGUAAUGGAAGGAGCAACUCAGAGUUUAAGGACCACUGAAGGUAAUACAAACUUGGAAGUAACAAAUAGUCCAAGCAACCUUACUCCCUCCCUAAGUAAUAGCUUCCAUGCAGGGUCUGAAGAGGUUAAUUCGGCUAUAUCUAUUACUGGACAAGUAAAUGGACUAAACCCAGAAACCAAUACUCUCAAUGCCUGGCAAGUUAAGAAAAACAAACAGGAAGAGGAAAACAAUAAUGGAAAACACCCACAGAAUGCAAUUAGUGUUAAUCUGCCUAUGGAUUUGUCUGAAAAAGUACUGGCCACAAAAGUACCAGAAGUUUCUCAAGCAGCCUCCAGCAAAGCACAUGUGUUAGUAAGAAGGUCUAAAAGUGAGGGAUAUGUCAGGCUUGCUAAUCCUGAGAACAGCCAGUGGAUGGUGCCAGAGGUCUGCACAGAUGUCACCCUCAAUGAUAGACUAUGGAGCAAACUUGAGAAUCAUAGGGACAGUGUGUCUUCCUCCUCCAGUAUCUCAUCCAGUGACACUGUGAUUGAUCUCUCCUUGCCCAAUUUGGCCCACAAGAGUCUUACUGAUCUCAACACCAGUGGGGAUGAAUCUCUGGAAGUAAUCCUUAAAAAUGAAGUGGCCAGGCCCCGGUCAGCUACCACUGGUUGUGAAAUACCAAGGGUAACCAAAAGCAAGUCUAACCCAAAUCUGAGAGUUGAAGAGGACUUAGAAACUCCACAUAAUCUCCAAACAAGACCCUUAGUCAAAGAACCAGUUCAAGCAAUGCAGAGAAGGCAUACAUGGAGUAGGCUUUUUGUGGAAAGCUUAAAACAGACUUCCCAGUCUAAGAAGCCAGCCUCCUCAGUCAACUCGGAGGUAGAUGGCCCCUCCAAAUCUAAGAGUUUGGGGGACCUUACAUCUGAUGAUAUAAUGUGUAAUUUUGAGAGCAAGUACAGAAGCAUCAGCAGAAGCUUCAUCACUAGGUCCAUGAGGGACCAGAGGAAGCCACCAAAAAAAUCCCAUGAUCACCUGACAGAGCAGAUCAAGCAACUAACUGCAGUUGAACCCCUGACAGCCAGUGACUUUGCUUCCUCAUCUUUGAAUGCCACUGAGCAGGAGGAUGAAACCUUCUGUUUCUUGAGACGGUCAUCAUCCCGAAGCCAAAGCCGGGUGCGAUACAUUGCCAACCGUGCCAAGCAAGCUCAAGAGCGCCAAAGACUACAAGGCUUGAGCAGGAUGAGUAGCAGUCCCAUUGAGGAGCGUGGAAAUCCUGAAGGAGCAUGUUGUAUGAGUAAGGGUACGUGUGCAGACUCAGAUCUGCUCAGCCAGCUGCCUGCUGCUCCUCCGGUGCGCCAGCUUUCAGACAUUGAAGCAGAGGUGUUCUUCAUGCUGAAGCUCUAAAAUGCCAGAGUAUGCUGGUGGCAAACGUUUUGGGCAGUUGUUAGCAAGAAAGACACUUUUGCCAGCUAAACUGCUUUUAUGUGAUUGUAUUUUAAAUAGCUUGGGUUGUCCCAGGUUUUUAUUUAUUAUAGAUGUUAUUUUUCCAUUUAGCCUACACAUUUUGGUGAACUAUGGACUAAUUUUUAUGCAAAUAAUUUACAAAUCCCCAGAUUUUCCCAUAAGUAUAUAUUGGCUUAUAUAGCCAAUUACUUUUUUCCUAAUGCAGAGUAGGUUUUAAAAUUCAAAUGUACAGUUUUUGAGCAAUAGUGAAAUGCAAAUUCGAAAAUCUGAUUGAGAAAGCAAUGGCUUUUUCUCUCCCUGUUAUGGAAGAGUCAAUAUUAAAUGUCCUUUCGCUUAAAUAGUUCUUCCACAUAAAGCACUUGAAUCUUUCAAGAGGGAUUUAAAAUCAUUAGUUUCUUUGCUGUCACUACUUUAAAUGAAAAUUCACAGCACAUUGUCAGAUUAUUAAAUUUAUGCACAUGGGAGCUGGGGCAUCAUGUGAAAUAUAUACAGUAAAUAAAGAACAUUUUUCACUUUUAAAGAAAUGUUUAAAAGGAUUUGGGGAAGCCCCUUCUCUUCAGAUUAAAAGAUUAACUUUGCACAAAAGUUGCCACUGAUCUUGAUUAAUUUAUUCCAGAUGGCUACAUUUUGUCCUAAACAUUUUUCAUUUAGCCCUGUGAUUUAAAUGAUUUCCAAAAUGUAUUGGUAUGUUCAGUAAUCUCAGUGACCAGAGUGUUGAAAACUAGCAUAUGUUUGAGUCUUCAUUGUUGGUUAAAAAAAAAAUGCACUUAUUAUUCAUUGUAAUUUUUUUUUAAAUAGGCUUCAUUGACCAGAUGUUGUUUAAGGGCAGUUUGGUGACUUGCAGGUCAAUUUGAUCGUAAACAUGUAGCAUUACAACACGGCCACUCAUUGUGUAUGUACCAUGCUGUGGAAAUGAGAGUGUAUGUUGUUGAAUGAACAGAUUAACCUAAAGACACACAUAUGUAACCAAGUAAAAAAAUUUCAUUAAGUAUAGCUGCUGUGGAAAUGGGAAAAAUCUAUAGAGUGUUGUAAUAUGCAGUUUGAAUACAGUCUGAACAUAAAAGAGAUCUUGUGCUUGUAUUCAAAAGCAGUCAAUGUGCAGACCGGUCUUACUUAAAGAAAAUGAUGUCCGCAUACAAGUCAAGCUACUGAUGUGUGAAAACGCAUGGGCACAGCCAGCUUUUACAAUAAUGCACAGGGUAAUAUUUCUGA